UGUGGCGAGGGUAUGAGAGAGGACUAGUAGGGGAACUCUCACACACAGAUGCAGAUAACCCUGUUUGACAGCUGAACUUCCUUAGUUAAAGAGACUGACAGGAGACAGACUUCUGUCUUAUAGCUCACAAUCACCUCUUGACUGAAUCGUACAGAUCACAAGGAUGUCAGAAGACAAAAUCUACUCAAAUUUAAUGCCAACGGACACACCAGAGGACUCUACCACAGCCACACAGACAGAUGAAGUGACAUACUCUGACAUCGACUUCAUCAAAACAGGACAUAGCCACCAGAAGCAAACCGACAGUGAUGGAGACGGUGUCUACUCUCUGGUCAAUCUUCCUAAAAACGUCCCAGGAAAUGAACUGGACCCACAACCUCCAUCUGAUUCCAGUAACAUCUUGACCCCGGCCAAACCUGACCCUGCCAACUCCUCACCACUGCAACAUCCAGAGAAAGAGAGCCGUCCUGGUAUCUCUCAAAGAUGCACAGUACUCUUUCUCUCUGUGUGCGUUCUCCUGUUGGCCAUUGCUGUUACUAUGGUAGCACUCUAUGCUGUGAAAGUGGAGCAAUGUUCAGGUGUUAAAGAGCAGGUAGACUUACUGAGGGUGGAGCACGCCAAUGUUACAAUGUUGCUGCGGGAGAAGUAUGAUAAUGCCACUGCCAUGACAAGGACUUUGGAGGCUAAACUUACAGAAACUGAAAAGAUGUUGCUUGAGCAGAAAAACAGAAAUGAUGAUCUCACCAAGCUGAAGAAUGAGCUACAAGGAGUGAAGUGUGCGGAUGACUGGGAGUACUUCAAUGGAGCAUUUUACCACUUCUCCACUGAUGAGAAGACCUGGACUGAGAGCAGAGAUGCCUGUGUGACUAUAGGAGGACAUCUGGUCAUCAUUACCAGUCAACAAGAAAUGGAGUUCCUGAAGACCAAGGCUAAUCACUGGAUUGGUUUAAAUGAUGCUCAGGAAGAGGACAAAUGGCGCUGGGUGGACAGCACACCCCUCACAGACCCAAAGUUUUGGGGAAAUGGACAGCCUGAUAAUGCAGGUGAUGAGGACUGUGCGAGGAUUGAUAUAAACCAGAAGUGGAAUGAUGCCCCAUGUCAAAAUGCAUUUAAGCGAAUCUGUGAGAGUAGAAGCUGUAGGACCUGAAUUUAAUUUAUAUUAAGUCAACUUCAAUCUAUUGAAAACAAUAUUUAAAGACAUUAACAGGUGAAAAUGAGGGAUAGUGGCGAUUAUAGACAAUAGAUUUUCUUUACAUCAACAUAGUUUAAUAGAAUUAGCUAAAUGAGUGAAGACUGUGUGUAAAAUCAUGACAAGAUUUUAGAGAUUAGUACUGGGUAUGCAUCCACUUCCUACAGUUUUUUGAAAAUGUAUCAAUGGCUUUAGCUGUAAAUAAAUGAUCUGCCAUUGAUUUGUAUUUCAUCAAAUGAUGCAAGAAGAAAUUUAGCUCCAUGUGAAUUUUGAUGAUCAGGUCUUUCUGUCCAAAGGCCUUUGAAGGCUACGUUUAAAUGAAUGGAUAUCUGCCAGUGCUUAUCCCAAGCUGAUGAGUGGACAAGCUUGCCUAUAGGAACUCAGGAUGUCACCCUUGACUACUUUAGCAUAAUCUGCACCAGUAUUGUCUAGGAUGCUGUCUUGAAAAUACACACAUUCUUGUCUCAGUGGUAUAUACUCCACCAUAUAUGCGGAAUAAUAUGUGUAAUAAGGUAUGUUCUGAUCUGAAUAAAGCUGGUUUUAUUUUUCAAAA